AAGCGACAAGCAUUUGAUGGUCCAGAUUUCCUCGAUGCAGUCAAUUUGGCGAUAGAACGUUACUAAAUCGGGUGUAGAUGGAGGUUCUAUUCCUACGCUAACUAAUCAUCCCAGACCAGCCAAGCCAGGAGCGACUUUUUUUAAUUGACUUAUUUGCAAUUUUUCUCGCGCGCUCUCUCUCUCUCUUCCUUCGUCUUCACUUAUAUUCAAUUUUCAACUAAAGGAAGAUACAACCGCUUCUCAUCAGCAAAGAAUCGUCAACUUGAAAUUCACUCAUAAUGGGCUUUCCCUCGAACACGGCGUCCAAUGCCGUCAUCUAUGUCACUUAUGCCCUGUUCCUACUCAUGGGAACUGGCAUUGCUUGGAAGAUGAGAAAUCAGUCAAAGGCCGAUUUUCUUUCAGGAAAUGGAACUCAGACGGCCUUCCCUCUGGCCCUCAACUUCAUCGCCUCCGGUGAGUAGAGCCGAAAGAGCUCUUGCUACAACAAACUCCGGAGCGGUGGCAAACUGCAACAUGUCAGCAAAGACGAAGAACACGGGCCGUGAGACCUCGCACAGAGACCACAGCCUGAAACUUCUCGGUCGAGUAUAUACCAGUCAGAAGAUGAACGAGCAGGUUCGUACAAUGAAAGAAGAUCUUCCUUCUCUCCCCCCUUACCCCUCCUGAGAUGCUCUGAGACUCUGUUGCUACUAACCCCAUCCAGCUUAGUUGAGGUCUUUCUUCACUGAGCUGGGCAACUCGAACUACCUGCUCCAGAGAGGCAAUCUCGGGAGGCUGGGGGGAGAGGAUGCGGCUCACUACGGGCGCUGAGUUGACGUAUCGUCUGGAUCCAACCUCGGAGCAUGUUUGCUACGGCAGACAUGUCUGUUCUUCUGGGGAGAUCCUGGCGUGCGACGACGAAGCUGAGAUUGUACCGUAAAUACUCGAUCAAGUUAAUGCUUGCGUGGGAAAAGUGUUGCCGCUCCAAUCUAUCCCCUGCCCCCCCUACAACGUUGGAAUGACAACUGACUCUUGUAGCUCUCGGAUCCGGCAUUCUCUUCUCGUACCCUGAGUUGGCCACUAUUUCCGGUGUCCAGGGCAUGAUCGUCUACGCUCUUGCGUCUUCGCUGCCCAUGCUCAUCUUUGGGUACCUUGGCCCUAUCAUCCGACGACGAUGCCCUGAGGGGUUCGUCCUCACCGAGUGGACUCGCCAGCGAUAUGGUAUUAUCACUAUGCUGUAUCUGAGCUUCAUGUCUCUUGUGACCUUGUUCUUGUACAUGGUUGGUGAGCUGUCGGCUAUCGGACAGGUUGUGAAUGCCAUGACUGGCCUCAAACCUCUUCCGAUUAUGAUCGUUCAGUGCGCUGUCACAACUAUCUAUACCUCUCUCGGCGGAUUCAGAAUCUCGUUCAUCACCGAUGUUGCCCAAGGUACCAUGGUUAUCGGGCUCGUCAUUAUCGCCGCCAUCACCAUUGGCGCAAAGACUGAGAUCCAACGACCUCUCAUCGAAGAGUCUGGUCUUACCAAGUCCAACCUUCUCGGCUGGCAGCUUCUGUACAUCCUACCUGUUGCUGUUUUGACCAACGACUUCUUCCUCUCCUCCUUCUGGCUCCGAACCUUUGCCUCCAAGACUGACAAGGAUCUUCGAAUCGGUACCACCAUCGCCACGAUCGUCAUCCUGUGUAUCCUCACUCUUGUUGGUUCCACUGGUCUGAUCGCCGUUUGGUCCGGAGCUCUGUCUCUCGAGGACGCAGCUGGUUCUGGAUCAGUGGCCUUCUUCGUUCUCCUCGAGACCCUUCCCAGCUGGGUUGUCGGCAUUGUCCUUGUUAUGGUCGUCACCAUGAGCACAGCUGCCUUUGACAGUCUUCAGUCUGCUAUGGUAUCCUCCGGUUCUAACGAUCUCUUCCGCAACAAGCUCAACAUCUGGUACAUCCGUGCCUUUGUCGUCCUCAUCAUCAUCCCCGUCAUCGUCAUUGCUCUCAAGGCCCCCUCCGUUCUUCAGAUCUGGCUCAUUACCGAUCUCAUCUCCGCCGCUACAAUUCCCGUCCUGGUAAUUGGUCUCGUCGAUAAGUUUUACUGGUGGCGUGGCUUUGAGGUCGUUGUCGGCGGUCUUGGAGGUAUCCUGACCGUGUUCAUCUUUGGAUGUGUCUACUAUGGUAACGCUCAGGAGGCCGGUGAGCUUCUUCUUGUGCAGAAGGGUCUCUACGGCAAUGACUGGAGUGCCUUCGGUGCUUUCGUUGCUGCCCCUGUUGGAAGUAUCCUCUGGGGCUGUGGUGCUCUCGCCCUCCGUCUUUCCUACCAGUACAUGUCUGCCAAGAUUCGAGGACAUCGCUUUGAUGCUCUUGAUCGCCCCGUGGACCCUCGUCGUUCGAGCACCGAGGAGGAUGUUCCCACUGAGAACCUCGUUUCUUCGACCCCUGGCAAGUUCUUUUAAAGAGGGAGGGGACACUAAGCAGAUGCCUUUGGAUUCUGUUCUAUCAAAAAAAGUUUGGAAAUCGGUUGGGGUUUUGAUAUGAGAUCGGUUUCGCGGUUGGAUGGUUUGGUGAAAAGUAGUCGAUAGGUUAAUCAAGAAGAUUUACACCAGUAUUUAAGCCUAAACCUAAUUGUUCAACUCGGUAGUUCCCAUGCUGCAACUGUUUUACAGACCUGCAGCACUAGCCUAGAACUCGCAUAGCAUGAGAAUUACUAUGUCUGCCAGCUUAAUCAUUUAUUUUGUCCUGGUAAAAACAGAG